AUGGAUUUUUUGGAAAAUCUUCCAUUUUCGUCAAUAAUUGGUGCACUUGAAUAUCAAUCUCAAGUAAAACCAACAAAUCAAGCAAUUCUUUAUCCUGAUUCAACUAAAAAUUCAACUGAAUAUGCUUCAUUAACAUAUAAACAAUUUAACAAUUUAACAAAUCAUUUAGCUGAAAAGAUUUCUGAAUAUUUACCAAAAACUUCUUUAAAUGAGUCGAUCACUUGUGCUUUGUUAUCAAUUGGUGGAUUAGAAUAUUUAUUAAGUCAAUAUGCAUUAUUAAAACUUCCUCAUGUAAUUAUGUUUCCUUUAUCUUCAAGAAAUUCAUCAGCAGCGAUUGAAUAUUUAUUGAAAGAAACAAAAACAUAUCUUUUGUUAACAACUACACUUUAUUUACCAAUGAUAAAAAUAAUUCAAGAAAAUAAUCAACAACUUCAAUCAAUGAAAAUCAUUCUUUUAGAUCAAAAUGAAUUUCUUGUGGAAAAUUUACUGAAAAAUAAAGAUAUUCAAUCAUCAUUUUCAUCAAAGAUCGUUAAAAGUAAUGAAGAAUUAAGUAGAAUCGUUGUUAUUCUUCAUAGUUCUGGAAGUACAUCUCAUCCGAGACCAAUUUAUCUAUCAAAUCGAUAUUUUCUAGUCUCCUAUUCAUCUUAUCAAUCACUUAACAAAGAUUUUUGGAAAGAAGAUGAUGUUGCUUUAACUUGGGGUGCUUUAUUUCAUUUAUUGGCAUUUAAUGGAACUAUUCGUGCAAUUCUAGCCGGUUGUACUUAUGCAUUACCAUUAUGUGCAACAUUUCCUCUAAAACCCGAUGAAUUAGUAAAUAAUAUUCAAUCUCAAAAUGGUAUAACGGUACUUGUCACUGUACCAAGUUUACUUGAACAAUUAAUUCGUGAAUUACUCUCGGAAAAGAAUCAACAUAUCGGAUUGAAACCUUUACAAAAACUCAAAUUUGUUAUGUAUGGUGGAGCUGGUUGUCCCGAUCAUUUAUGUAAAACGUUAGUCGAGAAUAAUGUUGUUCUAUUAAGUGUUUAUGGUUCAACAGAAACUGGUCUUGUUCUUGUGAAUAAUUUUCAUCCGUAUGAUAAACGAUGGAAAUUUAUGCAAUUACCAUUGAGUCGAAAACCUUAUGUUCGUAUUGAAACACCUGCUGGUUCACAGGAUCCCAAUGAAAAAAUCAUUAUUCAUCUUCCAACAGAUCCUUUCUUAGCUCAAAAUAUUUCAAAUCAACCCGAUGGUUCAUAUAUUGUUGGUGAUAUUCUUUUAGAAGAUCCACCAAAUUCUGGUUUUUAUCGAAUAUUAGGACGACAAGAUGAUACGUUAGUUCAUAUCACCGGUGAAAAAACAAAUCCAAUUCCAAUUGAACAUUCAAUUCAAAGUUGUCCUCUUGUUAAACAAGUUGUUCUUGUUGGUCAUAAUCAAUUCUGCACAGCAGCUUUGAUCGAAUUAGAUAAAGAUAAAACAAAAGAUUUGAAUGAAAAGAAAAUUCUGGAUGAAAUUUGGAAAUAUGUUGAACAAGCAAAUAAAGAUGCUCCAUCACAUUCACGUCUUAUCAAACAACUUAUUCAUAUUCUUUCGAAUGAUCAAAGUUUACCUGUAACUCAUAAAGGNUAUUUAUCUCAUUUCAACAAAGAAAAUUGGAUUUAUCCCUUUUAA